AUGACCGAGUCAUAUCGUCCGCUUGUACCAGGUCAUUCGCCUACUACCGAUGAUCAUGACCACGACCACGAUGACGACCAUGGAAGUCCCGCCCCAGAUGAGGGGAAGGGAUCAAGUGGGACAUGGAAGAAGAGGGUUUCAACGGCUUGUUUGGCCUGCAAGAAGUCUAAACGAAAGUGCUCCGGCACAGCCCCCUGCACAAACUGCCUAACAUUCAAAAGAACCUGCAUAUUCGACGAAAGCCUCGAUCAACGUCGCCGCGUCGCCGCAAAACGCACAGCCGACGAACUAAGUUACCACCGCGACCUCCUGCAAGAUCUGUUCAAGUUAAUCCGCGAAGCCAAUGAAUCACAUGCUCUACAGUUGUUAGAUAUCAUCCGGAAUAACGCGCCGUCGCAUCAGAUUCGGGCGUUUAUUGAGGAGACGCUUUCUGGGCUUUCGAAGAAUCAUGUCAAUCCGGCAUUGACAUCGGGAUCAGUUCCAGCAUUGACGUCGAUAUCGACAAAAACCGAAACCGAAAAAGAAACAAUUUCCAAACUGGAAGAUAUGCGCAAUCUGAUCAACGUUGAAGGGUCAAGUCCGACUAUCAGACGGAAGGUUAUGGAUAUUCAUUACCUCUGCGACGAUGCGCCGUGUUCUGUUCCGGCGAAGCCAUGGACGAAUGUCACGCAAGAUGCGGAUCUGGUGUCUCAUCUUGUGUCGUUGUAUUUUGCUUGGGAUUGGCCGCUUAAUGCGUUUUUGGAUCAGGGGGUCUUUUUGAGACAUAUGGCUUGUGGUGAUUUGAGGUCUGAGUUUUGUUCGCCGUUUUUGGUUAAUGCUGUGCUCAGUAAUGCUUGUUAUUUCUCUGAGUUCUCUGAGGCUUAUGUUGUUCCUGGGGAUAUCUCUUCCAAGGGGAGUGAUUUUCUUGCUGAGGCUGAGAGGUUGCGGAGUGAAGAGCCGGGGCAGCCUAGUUUGGCGGGAUUGCAGGGGACGUUGUUGAUGUAUGAGAGGUAUGCCAUGUCUCGCGAAGAUGACCUCGGAUAUAUCAUGCUUCACCAGGCCAUUCGAAUGGGCGAGUCACUCGGACUGGUGGGCAGUAAGGGUCCCAGGUUGGGGUUCAGUGAAUUAUCCCAGGACAUGGAGAUAUCGUGCAAAAGAACAGCCUGGGGAUUAUUCAACGUCGAUACGAUGGUUCACACAGGCUUCCUCCGUCCCAGUCUGAUAGAUCAUGUCAAUAUGAUCCGCAUCGACCGCAAUGUCACCGAAGACCAAGUUCGAUGGCAACCUUAUCCAACCCAUCGCGAGCCUCGCCCGUCGUUGUUUAGCCAGUAUUUCGAUGAAGCGUGCAAUUUGUCCACGAUCGCACGCGAUAUCUCGCGCAGUAUGUUCGCAGACUAUCGGACAAAUAAUACCAUUGGAUCCAUUCAACUCCAAAGUCGAGAGGAGCUAUAUGACCGUAUUCGUCGGUGGCAUGAUCUCCUUCCGGUCGACUUUGACGAGAAGUCUCGCCCAGCUCCGCAUAUCAUCUUGCUGAAAAUGCGCUACCAUGCCUUGAUAAUCAACCUUUUCAGCUGCAUUUCCGAUAACGAAGUCCCCCUCUCAGCCUUCGAGCCCAAAACCCCAGAAAGCCCACCCCGACACACCCCCGAGCCAAAAUACAACGCCGGCGAAGUAACCCAAACAGCAGCCCGUGGCAUCGCAGCCUUAACCCGCCUGCACCGCCGCGAGUUCGGUGUCAGUCGUGCCCACCAUUUCGCCAUGUAUGCGAUGAACCUGGCGUUGUUCACGAUGCUGGAACAAAGCACCUUCGACGUCCUUGACGAGGACUUCCUCUCGCUUGCGAGUGCAUUCUCCGUGGUCGCGAGUCGCUCCGCUUUAGGUCGGAAUCUGUUUCAUAUUUUCCGACAGUCGGUUCGGGCGAAGGCGCAGGGUCACCGGAUUCGAGAGGCUGUUGCUGUUCCCGAUGAACUGAAGGAUUUGUUUGAUGAGGAUUCUUCUGGGAAGGGUCAUAGUCGUUUUGAUGAUUAUGCCGAAGGGUUGGAGAAACUUAAUCGCGAUGCCAAGUAUCAUGGGAUUGGGGGUGAGGGUGUGCUUGGACUGCAGGAAUAUCCUGGGCUUGGACUCUCGGACAUGCUGGAUCGCUAUGAGAGUUUGAGCUUGGGUAAGGAUGAUGUGUUGGCCGAAAGGUGUCGACCUGCUGGGUGUUGA